AUGGCGAAAGCGGUACUGGGACAAGGAACUUCUGCUGAAGCGGGGUCUGGUGGACCAACUGUAAGACGGCAGUCAGAGUUUAAUCCAGAGACCACCCUGAAUGAGGAUGAAUGCAAGGAAGCAAUAGCAUUCAUGAGCCAUUCCUCUGAUGAGGACACCAUCAAGAAGAAAAUGAAAUUGACAUUCGACUAUCGCCGUAACAUGGUUCUUGACCCCAUGCAGUCCAGUGAUAUAUUGACAGUCUUUCCACGAUUCAAAGAUAUUAAAGGCUUGAUUGAGCAAGACUUUGUUCUGAUGUUUGGAGAAGGAGUGUCAGGCAAGCUACUGGAGAAGUGGACCACUGCAUUCAAGAAAAAAGUGAUUCAGCAGUGCAAAAAGCUUCCAAGCACCAGUGAUUUGGAAGAACUACUGCUCGCAGCUGCAUCUCCUACUGGUGACUCAGAAGAGGGUGUUAACUUUGGCUGGGACAGCGACCUCUCUUCUAUAAUACUUCUGUUGCAUCUGAUCCCACCUUCUGCCCAAGGCCGGAAAAGACCAGGAAAGGUGUCUGCCUCUCAAGCAGAAAAACACCUUGUUGUCUUCAAGAAGAGUGGAACAAACAUUGAGGAGCAUCUUCGAGAAAUUACAGCUGUUGCUCAACCCUACCUCCUGGCCGUGGGACCUCAGAAGAAUUCAGUUCACAACUACUUCAUCGUUCUUGAUCGGCAUGCCAUUCCAUGCAAGUCAACCUCUUCUCUUGGUGCCGUUGACGAACUGUUUAAGGCACACUUUGUUUUUGGAACAUCUUACAACCUUAUGCUACACAACAUGUACACUUUCAUUCAGACCACUGUGUACAACAUAGAUGUUGGCAAAGUGAAAGAGAGUCCUCGUGUUGCUGAGGUUGCAAAAAUUCAGAGAGGGUGCUCGCUGCAGAGCCAAAUGGGAGGAGCUGAAGCUCCCCCUCGCUAG